CUCAGGCCCACGUCCCUGGACUCCGGACUCCCGCUUUCCAGUCACUCCCCGAGACCUAAAGCCGCCCGGAUCCUGGCUCAGUCCCCAGGUGAAGCCCACCCAGACUCUGGCCGUUGGAAACCCCAGACCGGCCUGAUCCGGAUGCUCGUUCACCGGCGGUACUCCGGCCCGGCAUCGCACGAGCCAGCCUCCCGGGGUCCUUCAGGCCUUCGGCCGGGCAGCCCUCCUGGAGCGGUUGCGUAGCAGCUGCGGGGACGCGGGCAGAGCUGGACGCCGAGUGAGGGCCGGUGGGCCGUGGGCUGACUGUCAGGAACAGUCUCUCCAGGUGGGAGCGGGAGCUGCGAUCCUGAGCACAGCUGUAGUACAGAGAUGAAGCGGGAGAUCUUGUUGGGGACAAGAUCACAGCGCCAUGGUUCAGCAAGUGCUAGCCAGCCAGGAGCCGAUGGCUAGGGACAAAGCCAAACCCUGUGAGCUGGACCAGGAGAAAUAUGAUGCUGAUGACAAUGUGAAAAUCAUCUGCCUCGGAGACAGCGCUGUGGGCAAGUCCAAACUCAUGGAGAGGUUCCUCAUGGAUGGAUUUCAGCCCCAGCAGCUGUCCACAUACGCCCUGACCCUGUACAAGCACACGGCCACGGUGGACGGCAAGACCGUCCUUGUGGACUUCUGGGACACGGCAGGCCAGGAGCGGUUCCAGAGCAUGCACGCCUCCUACUACCACAAGGCCCACGCCUGCAUCCUGGUGUUUGAUGUGCAGAGGAAAAUCACGUACAGGAAUCUCAGCACCUGGUAUACAGAGCUGCGGGAGUUCAGGCCGGAGAUUCCAUGCAUUGUGGUGGCCAAUAAAAUCGAUGCAGACAGGAAGAUGACCCAAAAAAGUUUCAAUUUUGCCAAGAAGUUCUCCUUGCCCCUGUACUUUGUCUCGGCUGCUGACGGUACCAACGUUGUGAAGCUCUUCAGUGAUGCGAUUCGACUAGCCGUGUCUUACAAACAGAACUCCCAGGACUUCAUGGACGAGGUUUUGCAGGAGCUGGAGAACAUCGACUUGAAGCGGGAGGAGGAGGAGGAGGAGGAGGAGGAGGAGGAGGAGAUGCCGGACAAAGAGCAGCCGGGCCGCCACCAGAGCCCGACUCCCUCGUGACCACAGGGGCCCUCUCCACGGCCCACCUCCCCCGGCAGCGCUUCAGCUCUCAGGGGAGGCACUCUCCCAGGCUGUCCCUGCCGCACCGCCUACAAACCCAGCUGUCCGAUUUGCAGCCUCCGCCCUGACUUCUGUGGCCCGGGAAAGCUGACCCUUCAGUACUUGCCACUAACAGGCAUAAGGCCCAUAGCAGACCCUGAAGCCCAAGGAGGGACGGACCCUCCAGGGCAUGGGACAGUAAAGAGAAUCGGAAUAUUCUGUGUGUCUCAUCAAGGAUAUUUAGGGGUCUUCCCCCGCCCCCUCCCCAAGAGCUGAUGUCAGGGCCUAUUCAUUGCAUUUCCACCAAGAGGAUGAUUUCUAAUUCCUGGCUUUUCUCCUCUUUAGGCUCCCAACUAAGCCAGUCAUCUUAAGAAUGAUUUUGAGCAGAGAGCUGUUCUGUAAGUUUUUCUAGAGCUCUCCUGGGUGCGGCCAGCACUUCGAUGAACAGCGAGGCCGAGGUCACAGGUCCAAGUUUGCUGUUAGCAUCAAGUGACAGCAGGUGGCUGGCUUGGCCGCAGACUGGCCCGCAGGCAUCGCUGCUGUGAGCACCAGGGGCCAGUGCAGCCACACGCAGGGUGUGCGGGGCAGGCGAGGGGCUUUAGGGAGCUUCUUUUAAACCCAUGUUUCAACAUAGGCUUGUCACCAUUUUUCUGAGGACUGAUGUGGAGCCUCCUUGGGUGGCGAGGGCUGCUGAGAACCGUCCUGCCGCCUUUUCCAUUUAUCUCAGGACUUGUCGCUUACUAGAAUGCUUUUAUAAUCAUCUUGUACAUCAUUUCCGUUAAAAAAAUUUUUUUACAAUAAAGAGUGAAUUACAUAAA